AUGAUCGCGCUCACUCAACGCCUCUGGAACUGCGCGCUGAGGAACGGAGAGAAGAAACUCAAAUUUUCGGAUUACGAGACGUAUAUGCUGUGCUUGCACCGCUUGAUCCUGCCUGAGUUUGAUAUCGCCGCCUCCAAGGAGCUGAUUCUGGACGACUGGAAGCGAGACAGCGGCGACCAGGACUAUCUCGACUAUGCUUUUUUCCAUUUGUCUAUGUUCGAGUUGGUCGAUGUGUCCGCUGUUGAUAUGCUGGAGGAGUCGAAAGGAGUAACGAUGGAGGGGAUCAAACAAAACCUCCAGCGCGAGUUGAACAGUGGCGAGUUCGCUUACUAUCGGGACCAGGUGAAGCUCGCUGCUGAAGCAAACCAAUCACUUGAGCGAGGAAACAACCUCAACUCCACAGAAAAUCAGAGGCAAACGACUAGCCAAGACAACAACAGGUCGAGGUCGCGUGAUCGAAGACGCUCGUCCGCAAAGGGAUCCGGCGGUAACAAUGCUGGAAUGUCUCCCUUGACUACACAAAACUAUCCAGCCGAACCUGUACUAGUUUCUCCAAGACGAGAAACUACAGUUCAACGGGCGAUUUCUCCAAAUAUCUUCACUCGCGGAGGUGGCGUUAUUCUCAACAUUGGCUUGAUGGAUGUUGAUAGUACUCGGGAGGCAACCUACUCGCCAGGACUGCAGGUGAGCCACAGUGAAGCGUCGGGGUCGGCACUCCGCACCGGCGCUCAUGACCCCAAUGCACCAGGAUACCUCUUGAUCCCAAGCGGUGCCAACUCAGGCAAACCUCGAGAACCAUUUACAGUUCGCGCUGCUGCUGUCGCGGAGGCAGCAGCCAGUAUGGCCAUAGCCGCUGCACCUGUGAACCCUCGACAGACAUUUGCAGUCCAACGUGCGCAGAAUCAACGAGUAUCACAGUCCACUGCCGACGGAACCGCUUUGUCGGUAGGAGGUGGGGCUACGAAGAACAUCCCGCCGAAUUUCUUCAUCAACAAUAGCAGUCUGACUGCACCGUUGAUGACGAUCGUCAGUAGUAAGCCAGCAACGCCACGAGAGGCGAACUCUUCGAUCAAAAAGAUCCAACUACAGUUCCAAGGGAGCUCGGAGACGUCGGCAACACGACCCCAAACUCCGUACAGAGGCUUCAUGGGGGCCUCGAUAUCGUCCCCACGAACCAGCAACGUUAUCACUGCCGAAGCUGCCGGCAUUUUUCUAUCUGCCCAACAGAAACCUAUCAAACCACCGUCAUCUACUCGACACACUUUCGUUUCAUCACCAAGAGCGGGGAGUGUGUUGACCAGCGACUACCAAUCACCAGUCAGUCCGCGAAAGAUGCAGCAGCGGCAACCCGAUGAGAAACUGUCGUUGCUCGGAAGCAGUCCUGUAUCCAAUGUCUCGAACCCAGCGACUCUCACGAUCAACGGUAGAGUGACAGCUCAGGACGCACUUCAACGACAAUCGUCGACAACUACUGGUACCCCCACUCAGCUUGCGGGUAGCGUGGGAUCACCGUUGCUAUCCGUCCCUGCUAGUGAUGUACCAGUGCCGACAGCACCCUCGCAACCGAAGGACGACCUGAAAGCGUUGAUAUCACCCCGCUACAUCGUCACCAACCCCGUGGCUCCCAACCAACCCGCUCCAAACCUGAAACAGUCAAGUGUUCGACAUCAAGGUUCUACUCGAGGGUUCGCCGGGGCCAAAGGUAGUCCACGAAUGCGUUCCAGCUUAGCUACAGGGCCCCCAUCAAACCACCUGCAGCAGCAACGCCAGCAACGGCAACCAUCGGAGCUCCAUCGGCUCAAUAUCACUCCUGGAAAAGGAUACACGCUAAUGGUGUUGUUAUUGAUGUUGCAAUUGCCGCAGUUCCGCCGGUUCCUCGCACGGUUCGGACCGCUCGAGCUCAGUCUGUCCAAGUUGGUGGCGUGCUUCUGCGUGAACGGAGGCAUGGCGCCUUGGUUCCACGGCGAGAUAAGGCGGCAGGAGGCGGAGGCUGUGCUGUCGACAAGGGAACGCAGCGAUGGGGCGUUCUUGGUGAGGUUUUCAGAGUCGCACCCCACGAAGUUUACGUUGACGUACCUCAAAGUGCACUCUACAAGCUCCAGCACACCGGGGCGACGGGAGCUGAAGAACUGCUUGGUGCGGAAUUUGGGAGGAUCGGGCUAUGCACUCAUGGAGGCAAGACGAGGUGGCUCGGCUGGCAAUGUCAGACAGCGUACGUAUCCGUCGAUUGGGGCGUUCAUCCAGUCCAGCUCUGGCAGGUUAAAAUACGGGGUGGCAUCGGAGUUCUCUGUGAAAUGUAACCAAGAACUAACUGCGGUAAGAGCCAUGCAGGACCAACAGUGCGAUUCCUACUCGGCCUUUAGUACGGAAUCAUUCGGAAAGCCGGAACCGCCGCCUGACGCAGCAUCAAUGCUCUUCUCGCGAACCCCUCCGUCGCAAACCUCGUUUCUCAAUAUGCCGUCGUUCAGCGCAAUUACCAGCAACAAGCUCGGCGCAGCCUCCGACAGCUACGCAGGUUUCUCAGUAGAGUCCCUCUCGCCUCCUGUUGUCCACCGAGCAGAGUUACCUGGUGACGCACCUGCCAGCAAUUACGAAGACAAAAGCCUUGCCCCAGGGAAGUGGACUGAUGGCAAGGCUGGUUCUUCGCCUGGACCAUUUACAAGUGACGAUUAUGGGAGUUUCGCAUCAAUUGCUCAGCAUCAGCCCGAGGAAGAAGCAAACCCCACUACCACGAAGCAACCUGGUAUGGGCAAUACAAACUCGCCGUUGCACGACUUCCGCCGAACACCAACUACCACGAUCUCGGAAGGGUAUGCCACCUUCGCUACUUUGGCGUCCACAUACGCGGAAGAAUCGCAACAAUUGGCAGCACGAAGUCAGCAAACCGUCUCAUUGUCAAGGUCACCUCCGAUUUCUACGCAACGGCCAAGCUUUGCUAAUACUGGAGCUUACGGAUCAUUCGCGAGUGUAUCAGUAACUAAGCCAUCAACUGUGGCUCCGGCUGGUAAUGGGUCACCCAACGGUGGCCAUCUCGGUUCAAGCAAGCGCGAGAUUCCUGCUGCCAGUGACUACGGAAGCUUCGCCUCGUUUGCCAACGAGCUAGAAGAGAAACGACCUCAAUGGGAACAAUCACUCGGUGCGCCACAUCCGCCUGUGGCGUCAAGAUGUGACUACCAGAACAUUCCCCAGGAUACUACUGGCAUCUACGGCAACUUCGCUUCGUUAUCACUUGGCGAAACCAACGCUCCAGCUCCAGCAAAACAGCCUGCGCCAAAAUCGGCUCCUACUGGAGCUACUCCCGCAAACUCGGACGUGUACGGUUCGUUCGACGGGACAGCAUCCCUCCCUCCUAUCAAGACAACUCCAGUCACCUCGGCCCUGGAUGAACUCAACGUUGGAAUGGAAUUUUACAAGCAAAAACGGCUGGACGACGCAUUGCUCCGCUUCAUGUUGGCACAAGAGAUGGCUCGUGCAACGGGAGAUCAGGUCGUGGAAGCGCGUGCGCUCGGCAACCUCGGAACUGUGUACCUCGACAAGAAAAACCCGCAGCAGGCUGUAAGUUGCUACCAGCAGUGCCUGGAUAUCACGCGAGCUAUUGAGGACACCAAGCGUGAACGCACGAUCCUCAACAACCUGGUGCUAGCCCUUGUGGCGAGUGAGGACUAUGAACGAGCACUUGCGUGCUGCCGAGUGCAGUUGGAGACGACCACAAAUGCCAUUAACCGGCGCAAGAUUAUCUCUCGGAUGAGCUUACUUCGCGAGAAGAUGGCUCGCCAAGCUACCCCGUAA